AAAUCAUCCAGGCGCCCAGGCUUGGCGCCCUUGAAAACCCUUUCCUGUCCUCUGAGUCCUCUCAACUCACAUCGCUUUCUCUCUCCCAUGGACUCAUCAAUGGAGUCGUCUCUCAUCUCCAAGCUCCAAUCCUCCGACUUCGCCAACAUCCACCACCACUUCCUCUCUCACCUCCGCCCAUUCUCCCCAUUCCUCAAUUCCAAACCCACUACCACCACCACCACCACCACCAGAAAACCUAAUCGCUCAUCAUCUUCCUCCUCCUCUAUUCGCUCUCUUGCUAAGCAGUUCCUCCCAUUUCUCAAUCGCGUCCUCUCCAUUCUCCCCAAAAUCCUUUCUGUUUCCUCCUCCGAUCUUGAAACGACGUCGCUUCGUGAGCUCUUCGACACCUACAGGCUCUGCCUGGACUGCUUGGAGUGCGUGUCUUCGCAAUUGGCCUGCAAGUUCUACUCCAUUCAUCUCCAGAGGGUAAGGAUGGUUCACUGCUUUGUGGCUCAGGCGAUGUGGAGGGAGGCUGUGGACGAGAGUUUUUCCAUUCUCCAGAGCCUUCCAGCGGGAUUGGAGGGGCGGUAUCUGCCGGAUUUGGGGAAGACUGGUGGUGGUGAUCAGGACUUCUGCGGGUUGGUUGUGGAGAUUGUGUUGUCGGUUGUGAAGUGUGUUUCAAUGAGUCAGAGUAAGGAUGGACGAGAGUACAGGAGAGUGCUUGAUUUGGUGGAGGAGCUCACGCCCUGGUUCAGGGUUUUAGAUGCCAAUACAUAUGAGAAGUUGCACAGGGUGCUUGUGUCCCAUCUGUACAGAUGUACUCUCUUUUUGGUAGAAGAGCUGGCAUGUUUUGAUGGGGAUUUGGUAUGCACAUUUUGUGUGGCAACAUUGACUGAAUAUGCAAAGUCGUCAAUGAAAGAUCAAACUCUGAAGUGUGGCCGCAGGAUAUGUUCCUCUUUGUUCUCACAAAAGGAGAAUGGAUCAUCGUUCGUUGUUGGUGUAUUGAUGUGUGUGUUGGACACCAUUGCGGCUGAAUGCAAAGUAAAAUCUUAUGGAGCAACCUUAAAUGUCGAAACGGAGAACACUUUCAUAGAGUUCGUUGAACUUGUUUCUUAUUGUGCCAAUAAAUGUAGAAUUACAAGUAAGAACUUGUGUACUGCUGUUGCACUGCAUCUAAAUAAAAUGGCAGGUGAUUUCCGUCAGGUUUUGGAACCCCUUAAUUUGAUUCUGAGGCUUUAUGCUACUGGUUUGAACUUCACUGGUUGCAAUAUUCAGUCAAGCGGCAGUGAUUCUACAACCUCUAAAAGUGCAGAUGAUGAGUCUGCAUUUGAAAUUUUACUUGAUGAUGGAGAUGAACUGCAACAUCUGGCUACGUCAAUUGGUUUAUUGGAUAAUUACUUUCAUAUCAAUAGCAAAGAGAACAAGGUGUCCUUUAGUGCUGAACAUAAGGUUACUGUAGGUCAAAUAUGUUCACAUAUGGAAUCUGAUUAUGAGGCUUCUAUGGCUUUUGCUCAGAAGAAUGGCAAGGCUUACUUGCUGCUGUACUUAAAUGCACUGAAAUUCUUGUGCCAGCCACUUGCUGAAUUAGUAAACUUGGAGAGAGUACAGAUAAUUGCAGAAAGUGAAGCCAUUUCCUCUUCAGCUAAACUAUGUCAUAUCCAGAAUGCAUUACACCAAUUUUGUGAUGUUUUUCUUUUUUGCCAUUGCUGUACAUCUGGAAAUAAGAGAGAAGAAUUUGAUGAAAAUAACAAAGCAAUAUCUAGUGUUGCAGUAGCCGCCUUUACUCUGUCCUUCAGAACAAGGAUAAACAUGCAGAAGAGUGCAAAUUUCAUUAAGUAUGUCAUUUCAAAUGGAUGGAUUCAACUUCAGGGGCUAAAAUUUCUCUUCGUCAAUCUUCACAACAUUGGAGUAAUUUUGUACAGAAAAAGGCAACUGAAAGAGGCUUCGAAGGCAAUAAAAUUAUGUUGUAGAGCAUCAUGGGCUCGUGUUUCAUUUCUUUGCCAGAUGUUUUUAGAGAAAUCUAAGGGUCUUCAUGAUGAUCUGUCAGAGGAUGCUAUUACUGAUUUUGUCAUGGAGGCAUGUAAAGAAAGUUCUUUUCUUCUGGACAUUGUCCAUCAAUUUGACAGUGGUAAGGUGAAGAGCAUAGUUAUGAGUAGCCUUGAAAACUGGUCUGCUGCUGCAAACUUGUUCAACAUGCUAUCAUGUCCUACAGCCUUGGUGAAACAGUGGGUUAAGAUUGAAUGUAAACUUUCUAAGGAUGAUAUAGAGGAUAAAUUUUCAACUUUUCAUUGUUUGCUGUCAUCGUCUGCAAAUGUGUCAAAAAGGACACUUGGGAUUAUUCUAGAGCAGGAACUUCUAGCAUAUGAAGAAAUGAAAGCACUAUCCCCCGAAUUAUGUCAGAAAAUGCAAAUGAAAAUCUUCAAUAUCCUCUUGCAAGACGUGUUUAUCACAAAAGAUAGUUGUUUACAGAAAUCAAGAAUUCUCAUUAGAAAAGGAAAGGCACUAAGGGCCUGUGGGACUGAAGGUCUGAAGGAUUGUAUUCACUGUUUUUCCGAAGCAAUAUCUACAAUUAAUGACAUGUAUGGUGAAACAUGUAGCCGUGAUAUUCCAGUUUGUCAUCAACUAGCUGUUUCAUACUGCUUACGUGCACUUUGUAUCCAGGAGGCUGAACCGACCUCAAAGCGGGUCCUUCAAGAUAUUCGUGCUGCCUUAAAUCUGUGGUUGAGUAUUCAUAUUCCUGAAUGCAGCUCUACAGCUGACCAGCACGAUCUCUUGUCUAAGAAUACAAUGCUGCUACUGUAUAACAUUGUUGAUUUGUUAUCACUGAAGGGUUACACAAAAUUUCACCUUGACAUAUAUAAGCUGAUAAUCAGAUUGUUCAAGUGGAAGAAUGUCCCACUGGAGAAGUGUUUGGCUAUACUGUGGGAAUAUAGAAGGAUUAACCAUGCCCUCUGUACUUCACCCAUAAAUGAGGCUUUCAUCAUGACUUUCACAGAGCAUUGUGGUGAAAAUUCCAAGGUUAUUGAUUUCUGGAUAAGUUGUAUAAAAGGAUCCCAACCACUGUUGGUUGGGUUUCUUCAGAUUUUCUCAUUUUUGUUUGCUAAUUUGCCCCAAGGUUCUUGUCAUUAUAAAAGUUCUUUUAGGGUGGAUAUCACCAUUGAUGAAGUUAAGGACACUGCUGAAAAACUCAUUUCAAGGGUUCCUGUCAGCAGUCAUUCAGUUUUCCUUGCUGGAUAUCUCUACUAUGAUUUGUGUGAAAGACUAACAUCAAAUGGAAGGCUAAUUGAGGUAACCUAUGCUCUCUCCUUUGCAAAACAAGCUCAUCAAUUACGUAGUAAACUCUUUCAAGAAAAAUUCAGUCAGAAGUAUACAUCUGGUCUUAGCGAUCUCCAAACUUUUAGACUGGUAGCCACUGAAGUUUGGUCCUUUAGUACAAUAUCAUGGGAAUUGGAAAGCUGUGAUCUCAGUCCAUGGAAUGUCCUUCGAUGUUAUCUUGAAAGUACCCUACAGGUUGGAAUUAUUCACGAGAUGAUUGGAAAUGGGACAGAGGCUGAGGCUCUUUUAUGCUGGGGGAAAAUGAUCUCCAGCUCACAAGACUUGCCACUUUUUAUAGUUUCUUUUUCUUCAAUGUUAGGAAAAUUAUACUGUAAAAAAAGGAUUUGGGAUUUGGCAGAGAAGGAACUUCAAACUGCCAAACAAGUUAUGGUUGAUAGCAGUGCAGAUAUUUCCUGCUUGAAGUGCAGACUAAUCCUGGAAGCUACCAUUGAUCAGCAACUUGGAGAUUUAUACAGAAGUCACCUUGAUUGUACUACAGAAAAUCUUUCCAUAAAGAGAUUGUCUUUUGCUGAAAAUCUGUAUAAAUCAGCCCUAGACAAGCUAAAUCUUUCUGAGUGGAAAAACUCUGUUAGUAGUCCUGAAGAAUCAUGUGCGGAGAGCAUAUUGUCCAGAAACCAGUCGGAUGCAGUGACAUUGUUUUCCACAGGGGAGGUGACAAAAGUAAAGAUAGAAAACAAGUCUAGAAAGGCCAAAAAAGCAUCACAAAUUUUACCACAAGAGCAAUGCCUAAUAUCUCAGAAUAAUUCAAGGUUAACUCGUUCCAAGUAUCGUUCUUGUCAGGACAAAAGUGUGAGUGUUCAAGGUGAGGAACAAGCCGGCCUUACUAAAUAUUCAAAUGGAAAAUAUGUGCUUGCUGGCACUGAUCCUUUUAGUCAGAAAGGUUCUCAUGUGGACGUAAAAAGUUCAAUGGCUGACGUUGGGAGUGAAAUUACAUGCAUUUGUAACAAAAUGAAGUGUUGGCAUUGUCUUCCGAUAGAAGUAAUGGAAUCUGGGUUGGUGAACAAUUUCAUAUUUAUGAAAUGGGAGUUUGUUCGCAGGCGGUUAUCACUGAGAUUGCUGACUGGCAUAGGAAAAUGCUUGGGUGGUCGUGGAGAAAUUCAUGAAACUCAUGAAAUUUUUCUGCAAAGCAUAUUUGUUCUAAUAAGCAGAAAUCCAUUCUCUUACGGUUCGAGUUAUGUUCGGCCCAAUUUCUUGCUUGACUUAAUUGGGAAGGAGAUUCCAGGAGAUGUUUUUUCAGUUGAACAUGCAGCGAUAAUUUAUAACAUCUGUUGGUUCUCUUUGAAGAACUACCGCUCACAGGAUACAAGGAACAUUUGCUGUGAUCAGUCUCACAUUCAGAUAACGAAAAUCGUAUCUUGGUUGAUGCUAGCCUUUGUACUCUGUCGUGAGGUUCCUAUAAUUUUUCAGAAGGUUUCUAGAUUGCUUGCUGCUAUUUAUGUGCUUUCUGCCUCAAGUGAGCCUUUUUCUCUACCUUCAUCUUCUUGCAAAGCACUUUCAGAGUGUCACUGGGCUUCAUAUUUUCAUCAUGCUUCCCUUGGUACUCAUCUUAACCACCAGUUCUUUUCAAAUAUGGCUGGGAAACUUAAAGCCCAAAAUCUUCUGAAUGUUGAGGGUUCACAUUCAACUGGCCCAAAUUGCAUCAGAGCAGAAACAUAUAACUUACUCAGGCUUGCCCCUGAAUCACUUCAGGGCCUUGAGGAGUUUGUUAUGAAAUUUUUUGAGGACCUUCCUUGCACUACAGUGAUCUGUAUUAGUUUGCUUGGAGGUGCUUUGGCUAGUCUAUUAAGAGAAUUGCUGAAUUAUCCUUCCUCUGUCAAUGCAUGGGUACUAUUGUCACGCUUGAAUAUGAAGAGUCAACCUGUUGUUAUACUUCUGCCUGUGGAUUCAGUUUUAGAAGAAGUUUCAGAUGAUGAUGCAAACUCUGAGUCUGGAAUACACUAUGAGCACAAAGAUUUGGACAAACAAUGGCACUGUCCUUGGGGUUCCACUGUGGUUGAUGAUGUAGCUCCUGCGUUUAAAACGAUACUGGAGGAGAAUUAUUUAUCAUCUUCAACAUUUCCUCUAGACGAUACAAAGGAGAACAGAUUGCAAUGGUGGACACAGAGAAAGAAGCUUGAUCACCGUCUUGGCAAAUUGCUGAGGGACUUGGAAGAUUUAUGGUUGGGUCCCUGGAGAUACUUGCUUUUGGGGGAAUGUUUGGACUGUGAACGCCUGGAUUUGAUACAUAAGAAGCUGGUGCAUAAUCUGAAAUCUAAAUGUAAAAUGGAUGUAAAUGAGAGCCUUCUUAAAAUUAUUCCUGGGAGUGCCAGAUAUUCCCAUGGAAGAGAACAAUGUUUUUUGCAGCUAUAUUUAAACAAAGGCUGCUAUAUUGGUAAAGUGGGAUUUUAUGAUGAAAAAACAAGGUGUAAGGUAUUCUCUAACCCUUGUGAUAGAGUUGAAAAGAAAUCUGCAUUGGCCAACCAGCUCAUAUCUGGAGCAGCAGAAGAGCUUGAAGAGGAAGAAAGUGUAAAUAGGGAACCUAUAAUUCUGGUGCUAGAUUGUGAGGUGCAGAUGCUUCCAUGGGAGAACAUACCAGUGCUACGAACACAGGAGGUUUAUCGCAUGCCUUCAAUUGGCAGCAUCUCUGCCAUACUUGACAGAAGCCACCACCAUCAAGAGCAGGCUGGACUGAAUGCUGCUGCCUUUCCGUUGAUUGAUCCCUUGGAUGCAUUUUAUUUGUUGAAUCCUAGUGGUGAUCUCAGCAGCUCACAAGCUGCAUUUGAAAAAUGGUUUAGAGAUCAAAACAUAGAGGGUAAAGCUGGAAUUGCACCCACAGUCGAAGAAUUGGCUGGAGCUUUGAAAAGUCACGACCUCUUUAUAUAUAUUGGCCAUGGAAGUGGGGCACAGUAUAUUCCCCGGCAUGAGAUUCAGAAACUGGAAAAUUGUGCUGCUACUCUCCUAAUGGGAUGCAGUAGUGGAUCAUUGUCUCUAAAUGGGCAAUACACUCCACAAGGUACUCAUCUUUCCUAUCUAUCAGCUGGUUCCCCUGUUAUAGUUGCCAAUCUAUGGGAAGUGACAGACAAGGAUAUUGACCGAUUUGGUAAGGCCAUGCUUGAUGCUUGGUUGAGAGAAAGAUCAUCUCCUUCUGUGGCUUGUGCCCAGUGCCGUUUAGUUGCUGAAUUGAAGUCCAUGAGCAUAACUGGUGGUAAAGGAGAUGCUAAGAAGAAAAUCCCAAGGAAGAAAUUAUCUAAAGCUUGUAGUAGUGUUGUAUGUGAAGAUUACUGUAACCAUAGACCAAAGAUUGGAUCAUUCAUGAGUCAAGCGCGAGAAGCCUGUACACUCCCUUUUUUGAUUGGGGCAUCACCAGUAUGUUAUGGUGUCCCAACUGGUAUACGGAAAAAGAAAGACUCAUAGCAUAAUUUGUUUAAAAAUUCUUUGCAUCUUGGGGCUUCCCAUUAUAAUAAAUCAAGCAAAAAAGUACAUAGCAGAACUGUAGUCACUGUAAAAUUUAGCAUCCGCAAUCUCCUCUUUUACUCAGGUGUAUAGUAUCCAUCGGUUUCCCAUUUACUAAGGUGUACAACCUACCAAAUACAUCUUUCUAUCAUGUUUAUUCAAUGCAAUGUUGUAACCUGAAUAAUUGCUCCCUCCUUCCCUGUC